AUGGCGGAGCUGACCAUGGAGGUUCACAGCUCCAACAGGGCUUUCUACAAGGGAUUUAUCAAAGAUGUUCAUGAAGACUCCCUCACAGUUGUUUUUGAGAAUAAUUGGCAACCAGAACGUCAAGUUCCAUUUAAUGAAGUUAGAUUACCACCACCACCUGGUAUAAAAAAAGAAAUUAGUGAAGGAGAUGAAGUAGAGGUAUAUUCAAGAGCAAAUGACCAAGAACCUUGUGGAUGGUGGUUGGCUAAAGUUCGAAUGAUGAAAGGAGAAUGUUAUGUCAUUGAAUAUGCUGCUUGUGAUGCCACUUACAAUGAAAUAGUCACAUUUGAAUGACUUCGGCCUGUCAAUCAAAAUAAAACUGUCAAAAAAAAUACCUUCUUUAAAUGCACAGUGGAUGUUCCCAAAGAUUUGAGAGAGGCGUGUGCUAAUGAAAACACACAUAAAGAUUUUAAGAAAGCAGUAGGAGCAUGCAGGAUUUUUUACCAUCCAGAAACCACACAGCUAAUGAUACUGUCUGCCAGUGAAGCAACUGUGAAGAGAGUAAAUAUUUUAAGUGACAUGCAUUUGCGAAGUAUUUGUACGAAGUUGAUGCUUAUGUCCAGAAACGAAGAAGCCACUAAGCAUUUAGAAUGCACAAAACAACUUGCAGCAGCAGCUUUUCAUGAGGAAUUUGUUGUGAGAGAAGAUUUGAUGGGCCUGGCAAUAGGAACACAUGGUAGUAACGUACAGCAAGCUAGGAAGGUUCCUGGAGUUACAGCUAUUGAACUAGAUGAAGAUACUGGAACAUUUAGGAUCUAUGGAGAGAGUGCUGAUGCUGUAAAAAAGGCUAGAGUUUUCUCGGAAUUUGUGGAGGAUUUUAUUCAGGUUCCUAGGAAUCUUGUUGGAAAAGUAAUUGGGAAAAAUGGCAAAGUUAUUCAAGAAAUAGUGGAAAAAUCUGGUGUGGUUAGGGUGAGAAUUGAAGGAGACAAUGAAAAUAAACUACAGAGAGAAGAUGGGAUGGUUCCAUUUGUAUUUGUUGGCACUAAAGAAAGCAUCAGAAAUGUGCAUAUGAUACUUUUAGAGUAUCAUAUUGCUUAUCUAAAGGAAGUAGAACAACUAAGAAUGGAACGCCUACAGAUUGAUGAACAGCUACGACAGAUUGGCUCUAGGCCUUAUAGUGGAAGAGGCAGAGGUUGUUGGGGCCCUAAUUACACCUCCAGUUAUGGUACAAACUCUGAGCUGUCUAACCCCUCUGAAACAGAAUCUGAGCGUGAAGACGAGCUGAGUGAUUUAUCAUUGGCAGGAGAAGAUGAUCGAGAGAGCCGACAUCAACGUGACAGUAGGAGACGCCCAGGAGGAAGAGGCCGGAGUGUCUCAGGGGGUCGAGGUCGUGGUGGACCACGUGGUGGCAAAUCCUCCAUCAGUUCUGUGCUCAAAGAUCCAGACAGCCAUCCAUACAGCUUACUUGAUAAUACAGAAUCAGAUCAGACUGCAGACACUGAUGCCAGCGAAUCUCAUCAGAGUACUAACCGUUGUAGGCGGUCUCAUAGACGAAGGACUGAUGAAGAUGCUGUUCUGAUGGAUAGAAUGACUGAAUCUGAUACAGCUUCAGUUAAUGAAAAUGGGCUAGGCAAAAGAUGUGAUUGAAGAGCAUGGUCCUUCAGAAAAGGCAAUAUAUGGCCCAACUAGUGCUUCUGGCGAUGAAAUUUCUAAGGUACAGCGUACUCCAGGAGAA